AUGUUGGACCUAGAGAAGCAGUUCCUCUUCUAUGGGGCAUACCACCAUCAUCCAGUGAAUGUUAUGAUCCAUAUCACCUGCGUGCCAAUUAUAAUGCUCUGCAUGUUCCUACUGGUGGGGAGCGCCGGUCCGCUGUUCUCUGUGCCAGAGGCCAUCAGCAUCCAGCAUCUGCCUCCUAAUGGCGGAACGAUAGCAGCGUUCGUCUACCUGAUGCUGUACAUGCUGAUGGAACCAGUAGCCGGCGCCAUGCUGACACCGCUGCUGCUGAGCGGAACAGCGUACACGAACUACCUUCUCGCCGCCUACGGGCAAACGGCCGUGUACUGGUCGCUGGCGGUGCAAGGCGUUGCCUGGAUUCUGCAGUUUGUCGGCCACGGCGUGUUCGAGGGUCGAGCGCCGGCCCUGCUCGACAACCUGGUGCAGGCCUUCUUCCUUGCGCCCUUCUUUGUCUGGCUCGAGGUGCUAUUCUACCUGGGCUACCGUCCCGAGCUGAAGUCGCGCCUCGACGCCGCCAUAGCCAAGGAGGUCGCCAAAUUCAACAAGCAGAAGGCCGAGAAGACCAAGGCCAAGUAG